AUGGACAGCUUGCAUUGGUGCCGUUUCUUCAAACGUCGCUUGGAAUCUUUUUUCUCAAAUGUGAGUUUUAAAAAAAAAUUGGAAAAAAAUCAGUUGACUAAUUUUUUUUUCAGGUUCUGAUGGAAAAAGAAGGACCGCUGGGAACGCUCAUUCACUACUUCUGGCGUCUGGAGUACCAGCAAAGAGGAACUCAGCAUGUCCACUGCUUGUUUUGGGCCUUGGAGAAACCAAAAGAAGACGCGGCUCCACAAGAAGUGGCUGAUUUCCUCGACAAACACUUGACGACAUGCCGGAUCCAGAAACUGAACCAGAGUUCGCCACGACGUGAUCAGCAAGCACCAAGAAAGAGAAACAAAAUUUGAACGAAACUUUUUUUAUUUUAAAACUUUGAACCUCAAGAAAAGAUAAGAAUUUAGUUUAAAUUAUGAAAAUUUUAAAUUUAUUUUUUGAAGGUUCAUUGGCCGAAACAUUCGAAGACUUGUUUGAGAGUGAAAAAGACGUGACAGAAAACUAAACAUGCAGGUUUUGAAAAAAAAGUGAGAGGAAAAAAAAUGAAAAAAUUAGGUUUGGCUUUCUGAGACCCGUGAUGGCCAAAACCACGAUUCUCGGCUUCUCAGAGGAGCUGCCCGGUUUGGGGUCCCGCAAAACAAUUAUUUGGAGAAGGAAAGAGGACAUUAGUUUGAGAAUUUCAAAAAAAAAAAAAAAAUAGUUUUUUCAUUUUUUUUCAAUGUAUUCUUUCGAGCAAGAAUAAAAUUGGUUCAGGAAGUCCAAAGGAGUCAGUCUAUGGGACAUGUUCAAGUUGACGACCUCGAUAACGAAGAUGUUCAAAAGCAAGCUGGACCUUUUCGCCAAAAGGUAUCAAAAUCAUUUAAAAAGAGCAAAGCAAAAAAUUCGGGAGACGGAAUGUUGAGAUAAUGGACGUUCUUCUGUCGCACGAACUGUUUGGAUUUGACACCGGCCAUGUCUUUCUGAACACCAACGAAGACGCGAAAGGAAUCGACAACCUGUUCAGCGAAGGAAGCGAAAAGGAGGCGACGGACCAGCAUACGUUGAUAAUAUCAUUGAUACGUAUUAUCCGGAAGGCCAAAAGAGCUGGAGGCUAG